CCCAAAGCAUCCAGAGCGCUGGCAAGGCUCUUUGCCAAAUCAACUGCCCGCUCAUUCACACUAGCACUCACUCACAGAGUGCAUGCAACAUUGAACAUCCCCCUGUAUAGGGCCAGACACGAGAUCACUACUUUCAAUGUCAUCUACAGCCGAAGUUCCGCGCAGAGGCGGUCGCUACACUCAUGCAGAGGCAAUCCUUGGUUCAGGAGCUCUGCAACAGAUUGGCUAACACCAAGGUUUUACUUGUUGGCGCGGGAGGUAUCGGGUGCGAACUGCUCAAGAAUGUCGUGUUGACGGGGUUCGGACACAUAACCCUAUUAGACUUGGAUACUAUAGACCUCUCCAACCUCAAUCGCCAAUUUCUCUUUAGGAAGAAAGAUAUUAAGCAGAGCAAAGCCAUGGUCGCCGCUCAGACCGCAGGUGCAUUCAACCCAAAUGUACAUAUCUACCCUAUCCACGCCAACAUCAAAGAACCUCAGUUUGACAUAGAGUGGUUUCGAGGAUUCGACAUCGUGCUAAACGCACUGGACAAUCUGGACGCGCGACGGCACGUGAAUAAGAUGUGCAUGGCUGCUGGCACUCCGUUGGUUGAGUCCGGCACAGCGGGAUAUCUCGGCCAGGUGCAACCGUUGUUGAAGGAUCGAACGGAGUGUUUCGACUGUGUACCGAAACCUACUCCAAAGUCGUUCCCGGUUUGUACGAUCCGGUCCACACCCUCUCAACCUCUCCACUGCAUCGUCUGGGCCAAAAGUUAUCUUCUCCCUCAAUUAUUUGGUGAAGACGAGGAUGGCACUGCAGAGUUAGAUGAUGCGGAGAAGCAGGGCGAGAAUGCCCAAGAGAUUGCGGCAUUGCGUAAGGAGGCUUUGGCAUACAAAGCCGUCCGUAAAGCCUUGCGCGCCGCCGGCCCAACAAAUGAUGCACCCAAGACCGUCUUCCGAAAAGGUUCAUAUGUCGCUGAGUUGUGUUCUCGCAUGUAUCCUAACAUUCUUUCUUGGGAGGUUUUUCACAGUGACAUCCUAAAUCUCUUAUCUAUGACGGACAUGUGGCGGUCAAGAGCCCCACCAACACCGCUCGAUUUCCAUGCCAUAGAAAAUGGUUCUUUCGUUAUUCAAGAGGCUGUGAAAUCGCACACAGCGGCUGGUAGUGUCAACGAGACAUCAUCAGGCAAACCGGCAGUUAAUGGUCACGUCAAUGGCAACGCUGCCCCACAGAUAAAUAGGACAAACGCAGGCCUAAAGGAUCAAAGGGCAUUGAGCCUACAGGACAAUCUCGCACUCUUCGUCUCAAGUACGAAUCGUUUGGCUGCGAGAUUGCAAGCCGGCGAAGAAACAAUAUCAUUCGACAAGGACGACGACGACACCCUCGACUUCGUGACGGCUGCUUCCAACCUUCGUUCGGCAGCGUAUUACAUUGAGCGGAAGACUCGGUGGGAAGUUAAAGAGAUGGCUGGUAAUAUCAUACCCGCUAUCGCUACGACAAAUGCCAUCAUUUCGGGGCUUAUCGUCCUGCAAGCGCUCCAUGUUCUUCGAAAGUCCUACGGCGCCCUCAAAAAUGUUCAUUUACAAUUCAAGCCCACCGUGCCGCUCAGUACCGUCAACUUAUGUCUGCCAAACCCAAAAUGUGAGAUCUGUCGGGACACAUACACGACGGUGUUGUGUGAUCCGGCAAAAGUAACACUUGGAGAAGUCCUUGACGGCAUUCUUGGUGACGGCGAUGGUGAGCGUGGUGGCACGGGUCGGCGAGAAGUCAGUGUGUAUGAGGACAAGCGCAUACUGAGCGACCCUGACUGGGAUGACAAUUUGGAUCGCACGUUGGAAAGCUUGAAUGUUACGAGGGGUAAGUUCCUGACGAUCGUUGACGAGGAGGGCGAGUGGGGAAAUAUCGCAGUCGCAUUGAGCGUGCUUCCGGCUAACCAUCUUGUUAAUAGUCCAUCAUUAAUAUUACCGUCUCCUCUACCCAAACCCAAUUAUACACCACGCCACUCAAGUCCCUGUGCCCCCAGUAUCGAGGAAUUAGGUCCUUCAAGCAAGCGGCCGAAAAUAAAUGGCACGAUAAACUGGAGAUUGGAAGAGGAUGGACUGAUCAUGCUUUCGGGUGAGACGGACGAGGCAGAUGAUGAUGUGAUUGUGAUAGACUGA